CCUGCUGUCAAGUUGUGUGCCGGAGUGACUUGGUUGGAGAGAUGAUACCUUGAUAUCAAUCUCUUCCUUGCGUGUUGCAGUCUUAUUAUUAGUCACAUGCUCGUCCGAGACUAUACUUAACGGGGAUCAUGUUGAACGACAAUUUCAACUCUAAGCGGCGGCCGUUACAUCGGACGGUACCAUGGUUUCUGAAAGAUAAGCAGAGCCAAUCUAUUUUGGACUCGGAAUGCCAAUUACUCCUGUAGGGGAUAGGCUGGCGCUAUUGCUCGUCUAUACUAAUAUGCGCGAGCCUGGCAUGCUUCAUCUGAUCCUGUAUCCACGAUAAAGUGACACCUAACAAUGCUGAAGUCGAUUACCAGCUGCUCUGGCAGCCUAGCAAUCUUGCGGCGCUCAUCUAUUUACAAGAGUGGAGUCAGGUUAGCCUCCUUGCACUCUAGUACACCCGCAAUCCAAAGAGAGGGCUUGGGAGAUUUUGCAUUAACAGACCGGGUUGCGAUUGUCACUGGAGGCAACCGUGGUCUCGGACUCGAGGCUGCAUUGGCGCUCUCUACAGCUGGUUCGCGUGUAGUAUAUUGUUUGGAUCUCCCGGAGAAGCCAGGUGAAGAUUGGAACGCCGCUCGCCAGAGCCUAGCAAAACUUGACGGUGCAGGAAGACUCGAAUAUGUGACUAAUGAUGUCCGUGAUCAGAAAAAGCUGCUCCAAACGGUAGAAGAAAUUGCAACAAAGGAGGGGAGGAUGGAUAUUUGCGUCGCAGCAGCAGGGAUCGCUGGAGCCGCGCGGCCUUGCUUGGAGUAUACAGAAGAAGAGCUCGAAGAGGUUUAUGCUGUAAACCUCAAAGGAGUGUUCUUUAGUGCUCAAGCUGCUGCAAGGCAAAUGCAUCGGUUCCAGACACCGGGAAGCAUUAUUCUCCUGGGCUCCAUCGCUGGCAGUAUUGCUCUGAAGCACACGCCAGUACUUCCAUACAAUACUAGCAAGGCUGCAGUGAUACAAAUGGCUCGUGUCAUGGCAUGCGAACUUGCACCAAACAACAUCAGGGUGAACUCGCUAUCACCAGGUUAUAUUGAGACACCCAUGACGACAGCAACAAUUUCUGCGCGACCGGAAUAUAAAGCUAUAUGGUCAGAGCAAAGCGUCAUGAAUAGACUUGGAAAGCCUCACGAACUACGUGGAAUUAUAACGUGGCUGGCAUCUGACGCAUCGAGUUUUUGCACAGGAAGCAACAUUGUUGUCGACGGUGGAUAUACCGCAUGGUAGAGCCGAAUUGAGUUCUGAAUUGAUUCAAUGUAUAUGUCUCUCCACAUUGGGGUAGGUGUGGAGUCGUGUCUGCUUGAGCAGCUGCAAAGUUCAAACUCUCCAGAAAUGACCACCUCACAGGAAACAUCCGCUGUACACGCUACUUCACGCAAAAGCAGUGAUUCAGCAUCACCCACAAUGAUACA